UUCAAUUCAAGUCGAUCAUCUUCAAACAAUACACUACUCUUCCAUUUUUCAUCUUAAUUCUAUCACACUCACAAAUUAUAAUUGAAUUAAGCUCUAAUGGAAAAUGAUAUAAAGCUGAGGAAGGCCAUAUCCGAUAUAUCACUCCACAUAGAAGACAUAGAAGAUCACGUAACGUCGAAAAUAGAAUGUGAAUGUUGUGGACUUAAUGAAGAAUGCUCGUUUAAUUACAUAGAACAAGUAAAGGAUAUUCACAAUGGUAGAUGGGUUUGUGGACUUUGCUCCGAAGCUGUUAAAGAGAGGCUAAUUCAUCAUCAUCAUCAUUCAUCAACUAUUAUUACGUCGACAUCGAAAAUGGUGAUGAUGAUAGAUGCUUUAAGUUUGCACAAGGAGUUUUGUGACGAGUUUAACAACACUACAAGGAUUAACCCUCAGCUUUCGCUAACUUGUUCUUUGAAAGGGAUCGCGAUACGAAGCUCUCAACGUCGGAUAUUAUCAAGGGAUGAUAAGAAGUUGCCAUUGUCGAGGCUUGCCAGAAGUUCUAGUUGUUUACCAAGGAUUGAGAUCGAUCGACAUGGGGGAAAACCAUAGUUAUCUGAGGUUAUAAUCACAUGUUUGUUUUAAUUAAAACGUACUAUAGUAAGUUGAUUAAAUAUGUACUUAAUUCCUUCACAUUAAAUCAACAUAUAUGUGGAUAUUUUCAUUCAUCUU